AUGAAGGAGUGCGAGUACCGGCAGAUCCCCCCGGGCGCCCCCGCCGCGCCCCCGGGCCCCGCGCCGCCCGCCCCGGAGCCGCCGGCCCGGGCCCCGCGCCGCAAGUGGGAGGCGUUCCCGGGCCGCAACCGCUUCUACUGCGGCGGGCGCCUCAUGCUGGCGCGGCACAGCGGCGUCUUCGCCCUCACGCUGGGGCUCAUCCUGGCCACCAGCGGCCUCUUCUUCGCCUUCGACUGCCCCUUCCUUGCCAGUCACCUGACCCUGGCCAUUCCCAUCAUCGGGGGUGUCCUGUUCUUCUUUGUCAUCAGCUGUCUGCUGCAGACGAGCCUCAGAGACCCAGGUAUUCUGCCCAGAGCCACCCCCAGUGAGGCUGCAGACCUGGAGAAACGGAUUGAUAGCAUGGGCACCUCCACCUACCGCCCACCUGCCCGGACAAUGGAAGUGGUUAUAAACAAAUACGUGGUGAAAUUAAAGUACUGCUAUACCUGCAAAAUGUUCCGACCCCCCAGGACCUCUCACUGCAGCGUCUGUGAUAACUGUGUAGAGCGGUUUGAUCACCACUGCCCCUGGGUAGGCAACUGCGUGGGGAAGCGCAACUAUCGCUACUUCUACGCCUUCAUCCUCUCCCUCUCCUUCCUGACGGCCUUCAUCUUUGCUUGUGUAGUCACUCACCUCACUCUGCGCUCUCAGGGAAGUGGAUUCCUCACCACUCUGAAGGCAACACCGGCGAGCGUGCUGGAGUUGGUGAUAUGUUUUUUCUCAGUCUGGUCUAUUUUGGGCCUCUCAGGUUUUCACACUUACCUAGUUGCCUCCAACCUGACAACGAAUGAAGACAUCAAAGGGUCGUGGUCAAAUAAGAGAGGCUCAGAGUUUGCCAAUCCCUACAGCCAUAAGAGUAUCCUCACCAACUGCUGUGCAGUAUUGUGUGGGCCAUUCCAUCCCAGUUUAAUAGACAGAAGAGGAUUUAUCCAGCCUGAUGCUGGGACCCCGUCCAGUCCCAAGAGUGAAAUCCCCUCCUUUGGAGCCAAGACUGACACCGGCAUGGUAGGAGGCAUUCCCUAG